CCAAUCCAAUACAGAAGAUGAAAACAAGCUAGUUUUCCAAUUCUCGUGGUUACGCUCUAAAAGUGCCAAGUGCAUCUUUAAACAAAAACAAAAAAAUUCUUCCAAAAUUCAACGCUUCACUAAGCGAAAGUCGCUUUUUCGUGCGGUCUUAACUAAAUCCCAGUUUAAACGAAGCUACUUCGCCUACCUUGCCACCCGACUCCGACUCGUUGUCGCCCCGACCCCUGAAACAGGCCAGUCAACAUCGAAGUGUGUGCAAUUGACCAGUGUUUGUGUGUGUGUGUGUGUUAAAGCCCUAAUUUUUAAAGCAUCAUUCCCGAAGUUAACCUUCACAUCCAAGUUAUCAACAAAAUGCCUCAGCUCAUCGAACAGUACACGCCGCUCCCGACCACCCUGGGAUGCAGCCCGAAACUGAAGACGCUGCCGAAGAACCUGUACAACCACCUGCGCGGCUUCCCGGUCGUCAACGGUGAGGUGUCGUUGCUCUCGGACAAGGUGCGCCGUUUCGUGGAGGAAUCGGCCGCCAUGUGCCAGCCGGAACGGAUCCACAUCGUGGAUGGCAGUGAGAGCGAAUGCAGCACGCUGCUGAAGACCCUGCACAGCCAGGGCACGAUCAAGCCGCUGCCCAAGUACGACAACUGCUGGCUGGCCCGGACCAACCCGGCCGAUGUGGCCCGCGUCGAAUCGAAGACGUUCAUCUGUACGGAGCGCCAGGAACAGGCGAUCCCGACGCCGAAACAGGGCGUCAACGGUAGUCUGGGCAACUGGAUCUCGCCCGCUGACUACGAACGUGCGGUGAUGAACCGUUUCCCGGGCUGCAUGAAGGGACGUACGAUGUUCGUCGUGCCCUUCUCGAUGGGUCCGAUUUCGUCCCCGCUGUCCAAGAUUGGAAUCGAAAUCACCGACUCGGCGUACGUCGUUUGCUCGAUGCGCAUCAUGACCCGCAUGGGUUCGGAGGUGCUGGACAAGCUGUCUGACAACUCGGAUUUCAUCCGGUGUUUGCAUUCGGUUGGUACGCCCGCCAGUGGUAAGAUUGCAGUGCCAUCGUGGCCGUGCGAUCCCGAACGUACCAUCAUUCUGCACAAACCCGCCAACAACGAGAUCGUCUCGUACGGUUCCGGUUACGGUGGCAACUCGCUGCUCGGCAAGAAGUGCUUCGCGCUUCGCAUCGGUAGCACCAUCGCCCAGCGAGAAGGAUGGCUGGCGGAGCAUAUGCUGAUCCUUGGCAUCACCGAUCCGAACGGUGUGAAGAAGUACAUUGCGGCCGCGUUCCCGUCCGCCUGUGGCAAAACGAAUCUCGCCAUGAUGAACCCGACCCUGCCCGGCUACAAAAUCGAGUGUGUCGGUGAUGACAUCGCCUGGAUGAAGUUCGACUCGAAGGGCCAGCUGCGGGCAAUCAAUCCGGAGAAUGGUUUCUUCGGUGUUGCCCCCGGUACCUCGAACGAAACGAACCCCAACGCGAUGGACACGAUCUACAAGAACACGAUCUUCACGAAUGUCGCUUCCACAUCCGAUGGUGGCGUAUUCUGGGAGGGUAUGGAGAAGGAAGUGUCACCCGAUGUCGAGAUCACCGACUGGUUGGGCAAUCCCUGGAAGCUGGGUGAAUCGAAAAGCCCGGCUGCGCAUCCCAACUCUCGCUUCUGUGCACCUGCCGGCCAGUGUCCCAUCAUCGAUCCGGCAUGGGAAGAUUCGGAGGGUGUCCCGAUCUCGGCCAUCCUUUUCGGUGGACGUCGCCCGCAGGGAGUUCCGCUGGUGUAUGAGGCCAACUCGUGGGCGCACGGUGUCUUCGUCGGUUCGUCUAUGCGCAGCGAAAGCACGGCGGCCGCUGAACACAAGGCCAAGGUCAUCAUGAACGAUCCGUUCGCGAUGCGCCCAUUCUUCGGCUACAACUUUGGUGACUACCUGAAGCAUUGGCUGAGCAUGGAGAAGCGUGCCAGCGCGGCCGGAGGUCAUGCGCCAAAGAUUUUCCACGUCAACUGGUUCCGCAAGGAUGCCAACGGCAAGUUCCUGUGGCCCGGAUUCGGCGAAAACAGCCGCGUGCUCGAAUGGAUCCUGCACCGUAUUGACGAUGCCGACUGCUAUCGGGAUACACCGAUCGGUCGUGUGCCGACGGAAGGUUCGCUCAACCUGGAGGGACUCAGCAGUCCGAUCAACGAGCGGGAACUGUUCUCCAUUCCGAAGGACUUCUGGCUGAAGGAAGUGGAAGAGGUUAAGCAGUACUACGACAACCAGCUACCUCAGGAUCUACCGGCGGAGAUCGCCACCGAGCUGGAGCAGCUGAAGAGCCGCAUCGAGAAGAUGUAAACCAUGCACUGAUUUAAUGACAAAGCCAAGACAAACCACUACUAUUUAAGCGAAACGAAGAGAUUACGGCAAAACUGCCGCGCUGGCCGGGUUUAUUGACCGCGGUCGGGCGUGCAGUAUGACAGGGACCGAGCAGCAAGUCAAGAGUCUUUAAGUGUAGAUAUUUUGUAUUAAACAAUGUAAGGCAAUAUUGUAACUACCCCUAUAGUAAGUAUUGUGAUAGACGGAGUAAGAAGAGAAACCGGGGCGGGCAUGGUUUUACGAAAACACUGGCCCGCCAAUCUGCUAACCUGGAGCAAAACAACAAUGUACGAAAACUAUGAGAUUCAACAAU